AAACGAUUGCGAAUAGACUGCGAAUCAGUUUGAUGUUAGUUCAGCGAAGAGACUCGAUCGUAUAUUCGUGAACAGCAUAUAUAAGGAAAUCAUGUCAGCGGCUGAACCGGAAAUGAUAGCUGGGUCCGCCGCCGCGGCGUCUUAUGGUCUAUCAUCGUCUGCCAUUUUCCUGUCUCUCUUGAUACCGGCUUUGAUUCUAUAUUACAUCUACUUUAGAAUUUCACAUCGCCAUAUGAUCGAGUUGGCGGAAAAACUCCCGGGUCCGGAAGGCUUGCCGUUGAUUGGAAACGCACUAAUGUUCCUAGGAAGUUCGGACACCAUGUUCCGUACCUUAUAUAGAAAAUCCUUCGAGUACGACCAAAUUAUUAAAAUCUGGCUCGGACCAAAGUUGCUGGUUUUUCUUAUGGAUCCACGUGAUGUCGAAAUUAUCUUAUCUAGCCAUGUCUACAUUGACAAGUCUACUGAGUACCGGUUCUUCCAGCCCUGGCUCGGAAAUGGUCUCCUCAUCUCUACUGGUUCAAAAUGGCGCGCUCAUCGCAAAUUAAUCGCGCCGACGUUUCACUUAAACAUACUUAAGAGUUUCAUCGAUCUCUUUAAUGCUAAUUCGCGUGCAGUGGUGGAACGAAUGCGUAAGGAAGGCAACAAGGAAUUCGAUUGCCACGACUACAUGUCCGAGUGUACAGUCGAGAUCCUUCUCGAGACUGCCAUGGGUGUCUCCAAGUCCACGCAAGACCGAAGCGGCUUCGAAUAUGCCAUGGCUGUUAUGAAGAUGUGCGAUAUUCUUCAUCUGCGUCAUACGAAAGUCUGGCUCAGACCGGACUGGCUGUUCAAUCUGACGAAAUACGGAAAAGAUCAAAUCCGUUUGUUAGAGAUCAUCCACGGACUCACAAAGAAAGUUAUCGCACGCAAGAAGCAGGAAUUCAAGAACGGCAAACGCAAUGUCAUUGACGAGUCUAAAAAUAGCAAUGGCAAGACCAUUAAAAGCACAUCUGUGGAAGGACUUUCCUUCGGACAGGCGGCUGGUCUAAAAGACGACCUCGAUAUAGAAGACAAUGACGUUGGUGAAAAAAAGAGACAAGCUUUCCUCGAUCUGUUGAUGGAGGCCGGUCAGAACGGUACUGUGCUGACAGACGAAGAAGUCAAGGAACAGGUCGACACUAUUAUGUUCGAGGGACAUGACACGACCGCGGCUGCAUCCAGCUUCUUCUUGUCGAUAAUGGGCUGUCACCCGGACAUUCAAGAAAAAGUUAUCCAGGAACUCGAUGAAAUCUUUGGCGACAGCGACAGACCUGCGACCUUCCAAGACACUCUGGAAAUGAAAUACCUCGAGCGAUGCCUCAUGGAAACUCUUCGCAUGUACCCACCUGUCCCUAUCAUCGCGCGUACUAUCAAAACAGACUUGAAAUUAGUAUCGGGAGAUUAUACGAUCCCAGCUGGGAGCACGGUGAUAGUAACGACCUUCAAGAUGCACCGGCAGCCACACAUCUAUCCGAAUCCAGAAAUUUUCGACCCCGAUAACUUCCUACCGGAAAAGACCGCCAAUCGGCAUUAUUACGCUUUUGUGCCGUUCUCGGCUGGACCGCGUUCCUGCGUGGGCCGCAAAUACGCCAUGCUGAAGCUGAAGAUCAUCCUGUCUACGAUCAUGAGGAACUAUCGCGUCAAGUCAGACAUCAAAGAGUCCGAUUUUAGACUUCAGGCCGACAUCAUUCUCAAGCGCUCGGAGGGUUUCAAGAUCAAAUUGGUGCCGAGAAAGCAGGCAGCCGCCACCGUUUAAAGCUGUAUCUCUUUAUAGCGUAGUUGGGUAGAGGAUUUAGGAAUACGGAAAGCGAGGAGGCGAGCCGCGAAAUUCGCGGUGGCCUUUUUUCGAGGAACCUCAUACGGAUCUCGUACGCGCAUGAGUAAAACAAACGCUGCGAAGUUACAUGUACAUGUUGUAUAUUAUUGAUCUUAUCGUUGUAUAACAUACAUUUAUCGGUUAUGUUUAUAUUUAUCUCAUACAAUAAAUUGCGGCAUUUAUUGAGACGCAAAACCUGAGAAUCGACUAUUUCCUCGUUCACGACUGGGAGAGAUGAAAUGAAAGGCCAACUCAAAAAUGUGCAAAGACAUGACGUAGGAAUAUUCACGAGACAGAUUGGAAAGGGCUUUCCCGAAGAACUAUCGAAAGCCAAUCCCAAGAUUGCAGAAGCGACGACGAUCAAAACUGUCGCGAGAACCCGAUUGAAGAUGGGGAAGGUUAAAGACGAACUGAAGGCGAUGCUUCCGAUUUUAACGCCUUCAGAAGUGAGAAGGUCACUUUAUUUUUUUGGAAUAAAAAAUAUAUCUUCUCUCUCAAA